ACAUUGUGCUAUGCAUACGCGCUGGAGGGUACAGACUACAGAUCCUCUAUCGUACGUUCUUCCCAAAUAACCACAAUGUACCACGUGGUUUUUACAAAAGCGCACGCGUGACAUGUAUUUGUUGCUAUAACCUCGAAAAAACAUUAGAGUGAAAUGAUAAAAUGGUUAUGAAAAUUCGUCAGAAGUAAUAAGAAAAAAUAAUUAGUUUUUUAAUUAGCGGCAAACCAAAUUUUCCAACUAAAAAAUUUUCUCCUAGCAAAUUACGUUAUAAAUAAUUGUUACUAAACCAUUAUUGAUCAAAUAAAUUUUUAUUUGAAAAGAAAAAUAUACUUGUGAAGCUCCAAAUAUAUGCUAAUGUUAAUGAUAAAAGUCUGUCUUAAAAAGCGAAAAAUCGAAAAGUUACGGAUGAAAUCUUAAUCGUUCCAUACAUAAAAUAAGACACUGUAAUACACGUACAGUCACAUGUUUCGGUAACUAAAAUAAGUUAAUAUUGACUUCAUAGUUCAGUAAAUAGUUGAUUUGUUUUUAAUCAACUCAAUUGUAAAUGACAAAAUAGUUGCAACGAAUUUAAUUGCAGGUAAGUUAACUAAAAAAAAAAGCUGCCUGGUUGCCAUCAAAGACAACAUGGAUAUUGAUGAAUACGAAUCAUUACCGACAACAUCAGUUGGCGUAAACAUGACUGCCGGUGCUUCUGCUGGAAUCAUGGAGCAUUGUAUUAUGUAUCCAGUUGAUAGUGUUAAGACAAGGAUGCAACAGUUGACACCAGAACCAGGGGGAGGUGCCAAUGCACGUACAGUCCUAUUUAAAAUGAUACGUCAGGAAGGAUUACGUAGAUCAUUUCGGGGAGUUAGUGUAAUGGUGGCGGGAGCUGGACCUGCUCACGCGUUGUAUUUUUCAUGCUAUGAAUUAAUUAAAAACCAUAUGGUUAUAAAAACAAAUUCACAAGUUAACUAUCUAGUCUACGGAGCUGCUGGUGCUGUUUCGACUUUACUUCACGAUGGUAUUAUGAAUCCGGCCGAAGUUGUAAAACAACGAUUACAAAUGUAUAAUUCACCUUAUAGAGAUGUAUUAUCUUGCAUACGCCAUAUAUAUAAAACCGAAGGAAUAUUUGCGUUUUAUCGUAGCUAUACUACACAAUUAGCUAUGAAUGUACCUUUUCAAGGUUUACAUUUUAUAGCUUAUGAAUUCGGACAGUCUAUUAUGAACCCAGAACAUACUUAUAAUCCAAUAGCACAUGUUGUUUCUGGUGCUAUGGCUGGAGCUUCUGCUGCAGCAGCAACAACGCCCUUAGACGUUUGUAAAACAGUCCUCAAUACCCAACAAAGUGGAGUUAAAGCGCAAGGAAUGGUUCAUGCUAUUAAAAUAGUGUAUAAUUUUGCUGGUAUACCAGGGUUUUUUCGAGGUCUUAGUGCAAGGAUAUUUUACCAAAUACCAGCUACAGCAAUUUGUUGGUCAACGUAUGAAUUUUUCAAAUACAUCUUAGCACGUAAGCAUGACGAUAUCUGUUUCAAUGCAGAAUCAGAUAAAUCAAUAAAUACUUCAAUGCAGCAAUUACCAAUAUCAAGGACUAAUAACCCCACCAGUUUCUCUGGAACAGGUUUAUUUCAUAGUAAAUCAUCAGGACCUGUGUUACUUGAUGUGACACGAAGCUAGAUAGUUAUUAUAUAUCUUAAUAUUGAUUGCCUGGUUUUGUGAAGAAAAAAUGAAGGAAAGAAAUUAACAGCUUACGACCGUUAAAUUUUAUAUAUCAAGAGAGUUUAUUGAUUAAUAUUUUGUUAAAAAAAAAAAUUUAAGUAAAAUCAAGGUGGAUAAACAUCACGCUAACAAUAACAAUAAUAAGUUGUUACUAAAAAUUAAAAAAAAAGAAAAAAAAAUUUAAUGUUAACUAUCAAUUGAUGAUUAAGAAAAUGACUGAUGAGCAUGUGCAGGUCACUAUCUCAAAAAAUUAUUAUUAUUAUUAUUAAUGUUUUUUUAAUUACAAAUAUAUGAUGCGUUUAAAACGAGCAAGUACUCCGUGAAAAAAAAAAAAUGUGAUUCGCCAUUAAAAAAAUUGAAUUGAAAAAAAAGUUUUUGUUUUUAUUUACCUAGAAAAAAAAACUAAUUUGAUAAAUAAUUACAAAGUACUGCGUGCUAUUUGUUGAAAUUCAACAAUAAGUUAACAUGCUAAAGUCAGUUAUUACGAAUGCUUUGAAUUAAUAAUAAUGUCAAUAACGAUGCUAAAUUGAUAGAAAUACAUAGAUUUAGCCCUUAAGCCACACAUAAAGUUCUGUAUAUUAUUUUAGGUUGAUUGAAUAUUGUUGAUGUUUUUUUUUUAUAUAUUUCGGUAUGAGAAAAUAAUGUAAGCAAUUUUUUCGUGAUAUGGUAAUUUUUUUUUUUUGUUACAAAGUAGUUAAGCGUUUCAAUCGCUGUGGCAAGCGAACCAAUAACAUUAUAAAACAAAUUAAAACUUAAAUAUGUAGGUUAAUUAAUAUAGAGUAAAUAUUGUCUAUAAUUUUUUUCACAUUUUAUUUAUUUACUGAAUUAUUUGAACAAGCGUGUUGAAAAAUGACUCAAUUCAUCUGACUUACUUCUCGCACUUACUAACCUCCGCUGUCCGUCCUUUGCGCUCUCAGUGAACCUGGUCCAUACUCAUUGUUGUAAGUGAAAAAAAUAAAGUUUCGCUUAGCAUUCAAUUUAAAUAUCUUAAUAGUUCUAAUUCUAAUUGACAAACUCGUUACUUGAAAGAAUAAUAUUAUACAUGUUUGGGCUUUAUUAAAAUAAAAUCAAGUACUUUGUUUUUUUUUUUUUAAUACUUUACAAUUUAGCAAAAAAAGAAUCGAAACAAUAUUUGGUCCAAGAAACUUUAAAUAAACUGUAUUCUGUUUAUUAUUGUAUAUUAUUGAAAGCGUAAAGGACGAACUGUGAAGGUAAAUAAGUGCGAGAAGGACGUUACGCGAGUUGCGUCAUUUUGAACUUGCUUGCUUAAAGAACUCAGUAAAUAAACAAAAUGUGAAAAAAAUUAUAAAGACACCGUUUAUUCCAUGUGAAUCUCACAAUAUUCAAUCGACCUAAAAUGUCAUGCAGAGCUUUACGUGUGGCCCAAGGAUUAACUAACAUAUGUACAUGUAAAAAAUGAUUAUUGCUACUUUACAAUAUUAUUAUUUUUCAUUUUAUUGUACGUAAUAAUUUUGUAAAUAUCUAUUAGUUAUUAGUUUAAUUAAUGAGACCUCAAUGCUAAAAUUUGAUUUAAAUUGCAUUUUUUUUUUAUUAAUUAUGAUUGGAAAUCUCACAAAAAAAAAACUAUAAAGUCGAUCUUAAACCGUACAAACUGAAGUCAUAUGUGGAUUUCACAGAAUUACACUGUUGGGUAAAAUUUGAUAUUAGUAUUAUUAACUGACAAUAACUUAUUAUUUAUACAAAGUGAAAAAAAUAUUCCUUAGAUAUAAAAUUAAUUUUAAAUUAAUGAAGCUAUUAAAAAAAAUGCAAUUGUUGCUUUUACACGAUAGAGCCAAAUUUUAUUCAACUAGUAGAAGUGGUGCCCAGUAUCACUUUUUAUCAAUAUUAUAAGAAACUUUUAAUUGAAGUUUUUUUUUUUUUCAUUUGAUUUUAAACGUAAAAAUUGAUUUUUAUUUUUCAUAUCAAAACAAAAAAUAUGGAUCAAAUUUUUGUUAUCAAUAUUGCUUCUGUAAGGCUGUGAUAACUGUCAUUCUGAUGAAUGAUAUUGACUUUGAGAGGAAGUAAUAUCAUAAAAAAAUAAAAGAUCAGAUAAAUGUACACUGUUAAAGAUUAUUUUGAUCACAGAAAGUUUUAAUACAAAAAUGUGAAAAUUUCUUCUUUCUUUUUUAUUAUAGUAUUCCUCCAGUGUUAAUCUGUGAAACAAAAUCGAAUUAUAUAUAUAUAUAUAUAUGAUAGUUUAAUUUGUGACGUACUGUUACGUAUUCAAGCUUCUCCACUGUAAAUUACCGUGUAUUUCCGCUGAAAACUACGAUUAUCUUUACAAACAAAGAAACAGUAAAUAACAGACAAAGAGGUUAUUACAAUACCUUAGGAUGUAUCAAUAGUGUAAAUAAAAAAUAAUAAAUAAUUGUAUAGAUUACCAGUGAAAAAUUGUCUGCUUACUUUUAUUUAUUUGGGUUCGUAGGAAGUGAGAUAAACAACUCCAGGAAAAUGAGAAAGGUAAUUAUUUUAAAUUAUGAGGUGUUUUAAGCAUUAGAUAACACAAUCUACACUGAUUGAACUAAUUUAAAAUAUUCUUGUGAUUCUUCGACAUUAUUGAGCUCUAAGGA